AUGACUGAGCAACAAGAACAACUGGAAAUUAGAUCAUUGAUUGAUACACCUUUUGAAGAGUUGGUUACAUGUCUUAGAGUGUCAUUCAUUGAUUAUGUGGUCAACUUUCAAGAGGUACCAGUGGAGUAUUGGAGGAAAAGAUGGGACUGUGCCGGUAUAAAUUAUGAUAUAUCAUUCGGUGCAUUUGAAAGAUCAUCAAACAAAUUGGUAGCAUUCGUCUUGUUGGCAGAGGGAUUACACGAGGGCGCAAAGACCGCCUUCAACUGUGCCACUGGCGUCAUCCAACAAUUCAGAGGACAGCGACUUGUAAACACAAUCUUCCAACAUGCCAUCCCAAUACUCAGACAACAAUACCAAGUCACCAAGCUACUACUCGAGGUCGUAUCAAUCAAUGAGCGUGCCGUGCGUGCUUACAAACGCGUUGGAUUCAACAUCGAGAGGACAUUGCCAUGUUACAAAUACACUGGUGCCGCGGCUGCUGUUGCCGUUGUACAAGGCAAGGACAUUGUAAAGACCGAGGGCAAGGACGUGGACUUUGGUCAGUUGGCACAUCAGUUGUACGCACCGACAUGGGAGAUGCGACUGAGUUGUUUGGAGAAGAAUAGGGACAAUGUCGAGUGCUGGAGUGUCGUGGGAUCGACUAGUUAUGUGUUGGUCAACAAGGCAUACUCAAACAUUGUACAUUAUAGAUUCGACACUCGUGAUGAUGGCCUGGCAUUGCUUGGCGCAGUGCUGGCCAGCCAUCCAUCAUUCAAGUGCAAUCACUCUGAUGAACGAGACCAAUUGGCCACAUCUGUGUUUGAAUCAGUUGGCAUGGAGAAGUACUUGCAACAAUACGAGAUGGAGAUGACCAUCUAA